AUGACGCCCGAGACUCCUCAAAUCACCAACAGCGUACUUGGACUUCAAUCGCGUGCCGACUGGCAUCACACCUCCGUACCUUUUAAACUCGUUCCUGCUAAUUUCGUGGUCAGUGCGACCCUUCUAGUUUAUGAUUACCUAUGUACACUAGAACAAGAGCUGGCGUAUGUGUGGUCGAGACCAUGGUCACUCGGUUCCAUCAUGUUUCUAUUCAACCGUUAUUUGCCUUUCGUGGACACCUUUCUAUACCUCGGGAUGAGAUUUGGACCUUUGAGUGCACAGCAAUGCCUUCACACUACAAAUGCAACAUUAUGGUUGAUGUAUAUUGGUGUGGUUUUAUCCGAACUGAUUUUGAUGCUGCGAACAUAUGCACUAUGGGAGCGCAGCCGACGUAUCCUCCUCGUGUUAUCCUUGACCGUGCUGCUUCUCCUUAUCCCCGGCACCGUCAUUGUCUACAAGGAGACACGGACAUUUAGAUUCGAAGAGUCUUCAACUACGAUUGGUUGCAAACCGAAUGCGACAUCUAAUAUCGGAUUUGUUGCGUAUGUCUUGCUACUUGUAAAUGAAACGAUCGUCGUCGGGCUGACUAUUGUGAAAGGCUACCAACAUCUCCAUCGCACAAAUUCACAGUGGGUCUUACAGAUGUAUCAAGACGGGAUUUUGUUUUACAUCUAUCUGUUGACACUUUCGAUCGGGAAUAUACUCAGUACUCUCGUAAAUCCUGGAAUGGGACCUUGGCUAGUCAGUUUGCAACGGAUAUUACACUCCCUCCUGGCAAAUCGAGUGUUUUUCGUCAUGUUCAGUGGACAGUCGGUUCCUAUCACGCAAAGAACUCUGCCCUUCUCAACGACCUCUUCUGCCCCUAUCUGUAGCGCAGAUCUGGUUGAGAACGAAACACAAGUCGAAUUGGGCAAGCCAUCUAGGGUAGACAGUUCGGGAGCGUUAGUUGACCUUUCACGGUAG